AUGGUCCUGUGGGGAUCUGAGCAUGGUCCUGUGGAGCUGAACAUGGGCCUGGGGAUCUGGGUAUGGUUCUAUGGGGCUGGGCAUGAUCGUGUGGGGCUGGGGCAAGCUGGGUUCGUGCCAUCCUUCCCUCCUCCCUGUCUGUCUUUCCCUCCUCAGAUGAAAACCUGGGUCUGCGAUUCGGGGCAGAAACUGGAAAUUUUCAUCCCUUUUCUGGGCAAGUACCGUCCGUUCUCGGGGCGUUGCUGCCAGACCUGCACCCCGAAGAGCUGGGAUGGUUUCUACCACAAGCAGCUCUCCUCUCUCGGCUUCCGCAAUGCCAUCCGGGUGACGGAGGAGGACACACGGUACCGGGGCUGGCUGGUCCGAAGGGUUUGCGGUUUCCUUGCUGUCUGGGACUGGAAAGUUCCUGCUGACACCCCUGGAGACCUCCCGGCAAGGAUCUGCCGCAGCAAAAGGGUACGGGAUGUCACUACCGGCCGGUCCCGUGGCUCCAGAGGGGAUGGUGAAUCCCACCGGAGGUGGAAGGAGAAAAUACUCAAGAUCCUGGCUGAAAUCCAGGCCCCGCUCUCCCUUCUCAUGCUGAGGUUGUUCCACUGGGCUUUGCUCAAGCUCCUGAACCGCCUCUUCCUCAGCGUGCAGCUCCACCGAGGGCAGCUGGAGAUGGUGCUGAGGGCCGCCAGGACGCCCGGCGUGCCGCUGGUUUUCCUCUCGACGCACAAAUCCCAGCUGGAUGGGCUGCUCCUGUCCUUCCUCCUCUUCUCCCAGGGGCUUGGGGUGCCCAGGGUGACGGUGGGUGGCCAGGUCUGCAGCCCUCGCCUCCGAGCCCUGCUCAGCCGCCUGGGAGGGAUUUUCCUGCCUUCGAGGAUGGAGCAGACGCCGAGCAACCGGGAUGAAGGGCUGCCGGGGGCUGUCCUGGCCACGUACGUCGAGGAGGUGCUGAGGAGCCGACAGCCUCUGCUCAUCUUCCUGGAGGAGCCCCCCGUCGCCCUGCGCCUCUCUGCCCCUGCCCGGGAGUGGAUGGCCCUGGUGUACCGAGCCAUGCGGGACGGCGCCGUCCCCGACGUCCUCCUGGUCCCCGUGGGCAUCGCCUACGACAUGGUCCCCGGCGGUUUGCACCGGGAAGGAGCGCACAGCGGUCGGCCCCUCGGCCUCGGCGCUUGCCUCUGGGCGGCGUGGCAGGCCAUGCGCCGAAACCUUGGCUGCGCCCGCGUGGACUUCGCCCAGCCCUUCUCCUUACAGGAGUUUGCGGCCAAAAACCUCAUCAGGCAGAGCUGCACGGGGAAGCCGCUGGAGGAGCCGCUGCUGCCCACCGUCCUCGGCACGUGUCCCAGCCAGCUGGACGGCAAGAAGGUAGAGAUUUGGAGUCCCGGCCCUGCAACAGCUGCCGGCUUAGAGGCAGAAGAGGAAAUACUGCUGACCAAGCUGGGCCUGCACUGCCUGAGCGACAGCGUUGCCUGCUCCGCCGUCAUGGCUGUGGGGAUCACGUCCGCGCUGCUGCUGCACAAGCACCGGGAGGGCGUCUUCCUCUCCCGGUUGAUGCGGGACUUCGCCUGGCUGCUGGAGGAGAUCCUGCUGCGCCAGCGCGACGUGGGCUUCUCAGGGCAGCUCCGCGCCCUGGUGCAGCACAGCCUCGUCCUGCUCAGGGCCCACCUCACCCUCUAUCGCCUGUCCCCCAUUGGUGACAUCCUGGUGGUCCCUGAGGCCUCGGCGGAGACCCUGAGGGAGCUGGCUCACCACAGCGCUGCCAUCCUGCCCGUCUUCGCCAGCGAGGCGGUGGGAGCUUGUGCCAUCCAUGCCUUGCUGCUGGAGAUGCUGCCCUUCUUGGGAGCGACUGUCGGACCCUCUGGCAUCGUGCUCAGCCAGGAUGAGCUGCUCCGCAAGACCCUGGAGCUGCUCCGGCUGCUGCCCCCAAAUCUCCUGGGGCUCCAGCCCUGCCAGCCCCUCGACUGCCGGAGCCAGGACAUCGUGGACAAGCUCCUCCUGUGUGGGCUGCUGGAGACUGAAGAGCCGGAGAGCGAGCGCUGGGUCUGCGACUUGGCCCCACGGCCCUUCUGCAAGCGACGGCCCUGGGCAGGGAUGGACUUCACCGACAGCGACAGUGACAGCGAGGACGAGGUCCCCAAGCGCUGUUUCAAGCUCAGCGAGCCCCAGGGCUCACCCGGCUUCCUCCUCUUCCUCUGCCGGCUCCUGAACCCCGUGCUGAGGACCUACGCCAAAGCGGUGGCUUUCCUGGACCGACCCAGCUGGCCCCAGCCCGAGACAGCCUACGUGGAGGCGCUGCUGCAAUUCCUGGCCGAGGAGGGCGAGUUCCCCAAUAGGAGCGUGGCCCUCAGCUCUCUGCAGACCUUCAAGGAGAUGGGGGUGUUGGAGGAGGUGCGGACCCCCGCCGGACCCCUGCUCCACCUCGCCCAGCCUUUCCGCUCCAGCGCGAGCCAGGGAAAGCUGGAAGCCUUCAUCCAGCAGUUCACCCAGCCGUAGCCGCCGUGCCGAUAAACCUGGGAGCAGGUACCUGACCCGG